CGGCGAGCGACCGGACUGUGCCCCGCUCCGCCAUGAGCCCCCCGCUCCUCCUCGCCUGCCUGCUCGCCCCCCUCUGCGCUCGGGGUGCCACAGGCCCAGGAAGCCCCCAGGCCUGGUGGCAGCACGAGGGUCCACGGCGGGUGAAGAGGGCCUGGGUGAUCCCCCCCAUCAGCAUCUCAGAGAACCACAAGCGCAUCCCCCACCUCCUGGUGCAGAUCAAGUCGGACAAGCAGCAGCCCGGGGGGGUGAUCUACAGCAUCAAGGGGCCGGGGGUGGACGAGGAGCCCCUUGGCAUCUUCUCCAUAGACAAAUUCACCGGGAAAGUUUUCCUCAACGCCAUGCUGGACCGGGAGGAGAACGACCGCUACCGGCUCAAAGCCUUCGCGCUGGACCUGGGGGGAGUGACUCUGGAGGACCCCACCGACCUGGAGAUCAUCGUGGUGGACCAGAACGACAACCGCCCGCUCUUCAGCCAGGAUGUCUUCACAGGGCAUGUGGUGGAGGGGGCUGAGCCAGGGACCUGCGUGAUGACCGUGGAUGCCACCGACGCCGAUGACCCCGACACAGACAACGCAGUGCUGCGGUAUUCCAUCCUGGAGCAGGGCACCACCACCACCAUGUUCAGCAUCAAUGCCACCACUGGCCAGAUCUGCACCACGCGGGCUGGCCUCGACCGUGAGACAGUGGGGGUGUACAACCUGACGGUGCAGGCAGCUGACAUGUCUGGGGACGGGCUCACCACCACGGCCACGGCCGUCAUCUACCUGGAGGACAUUAAUGACAACGCUCCCGAGUUCACCAAGGAAGAGUUCUCCAUGGAGGUGGAGGAGCAGGCGGCCGGGGUGGACGUGGGCAAGGUCUUUGUGCACGACAAGGACUUGGCUGGCUCGCCCAACUGGUUGGCCAAGUUCACCAUCCUGGAGGGUGACCCCGAGGGUGCCUUUGCCAUCCGCACAGACCCCUACACCAACGAUGGCGUGCUCUCCGUGGCCAAGCCGCUGGACCAUGAGGCGCGGGACCGCUUUGAGCUGACGGUGUCGGUGCAGAACGAGGGCCCCCUGGAGCCCACGGCCCCCGCCAGCCCCCGGGCUCUGGCUACUGUGCGGGUACGGGUGCGGGAUGUGAACGAAGCCCCCAUAUUCCGUGAGAACCCACGGAGGGUCAGCGUGCUGGAGGGGACCCCCCCGGGCACCCCCAUCACCACCUACACCGCCAGUGACCCCGAUACCCACCAGCUCCAGACCCUCAGCUACGCACUGCUCUAUGACCCAGCGGACUGGCUGCAGCUGGACCCCCACACUGGCACCGUCCGCACCAAGCGGGAGCUGCUGCACCCCUCUGCCUUCCUGCAGGGGGGAUGGUACAUCGCCCUGAUCCUCGCCCGUGAUGACGCUGAGCCCCCGCUCUCAGCCACCGGCACCCUCUCCAUCGAGAUCCUGGAGGUGAACGACCACCCGCCCCUGCUGCAGCCUCUGGCUGGGGUGGUCUGUGGGCGGCCAGGCCGUGGGGGGAACCUGCUCCUGGGGGCCACGGAUGACGACCGGCCCCCCCACGCUGCCCCCUUCCACUUCCAUCUCAGCCCCCAGCACCCCCAGCUUGCCCAUAACUGGAGCAUCACCCGGUUCAAUGUGACCCAUGCCGUGCUGGCUGUGCUGGUGGACCUGCCCGAGGGGCCCUACUCGCUCCCACUGCUGCUCCGGGACUCGGGGACCCCUCCCCAGGAGCGGCAGCAGCUGCUGAACAUCUCGGUGUGUCACUGUGGCCGGGAUGGCAUCUGCCAGGACGGGGCCCUGGCUGCUGCCACUGCCAGGGCUGGCAUCACCCUCGGGGCUCUCAUGAUCAUCCUGGGCAGCAGCAUUCUUCUCCUGGUUCUGGCGGGGCUGGGGGCUGCCGGGGCUCGGGGGCGCCGGCGGGCUCUGCGCAAGGGGCUGCUGCAGCGCUCGGGGGACGACAUGAGGGACAACAUCCUCAACUACGACGAGCAGGGUGGGGGCGAGGAGGACCAGGACGCCUAUGACAUCAACCAGCUCCGGCACCCCGAGUUCUUGCAGCCCCGGGCCAAGCCCCCGGUGCGCAGGGACGCCCUGCUCAGCACCCCCACCCCCCAGGUUCCCCUCCGCAAGCUGCCCAGCAGCCCCUCCGACAUCGAGGACUUCAUCAACGAGGGGCUGGAGGCGGCUGACAGUGACCCCAGCGUCCCGCCCUACGACACGGCUCUCAUCUACGACUACGAGGGCUCAGGCUCGGUCGCCAGCCCCCUCAGUUCCAUCGUUUCUAGCCUGACGGAUGAGGACCAGGACUAUGACUACCUGAGCGAGUGGGGACCACGCUUCCGACGCCUGGCAGACCUCUACGGGCAAUGACAGGGAUGGGGAGGGGGGGAUAGCAGCGGGGGGCUUGCACACCUCUGUGCAAGGGGAGGGGGGAGCCCAGAUGCAGCAGCUUUGCAUACGGACGUGCAGAAAACACCUGACUGCGGGGGCUUUGCACACACGUGUGCACCAGGUGCCCCAGAUUUGCACACCUGUGCACACCCCGAGGCAGCGCAGGGGGUCGGGAGGGACACCCUGGGGAAAGACCCUGCAGAGUUAAGGGGGUGAGGAACCCCCCCCAGCUCUUCCCUCUUCCAAUAAUAAAGACCCCCGAGAAGGGGAGGGUGGCAAGG